AUGAGGCGUUCGAGGACAUCCACCUGGGUCCGAGACCCUGACUGUGUCUGUUCCAGAGCUCCCGGCUACCGCAGCCCCACCAGGAUAAGCUCAGCAAGGGCAUCGACACGUUUUUCCCACUGCGAUUCGGCUCUCAUGCUUGAUCAAGACGGCGAGGGUGAGACAGAAGGCGCAGCGCUUGACGCCAAUGAGAAUCCUGUUGUCCAGUAUAUCCCCUUUGGCCGCACUCGUACAAAUGGAGAUCAUGGUGUUUCCCAUCGUUUGUCAUCAGACGAGAUUUCCAGAGGCGGGUAUCUGCUACCUGAGCUGCGGGUUCCGAUUUCAGAUCAGAAACGACCAACGAGCAGUAUCCUUCUUCCCGUUGAUCCCAUACCACUGUCAGCAUCAAGCCAUCCAGUACCUCUGCAGACGAGGAGGGGGAGCAGAAACCAGACAAUCAGUGUCAGAGUCCGACCGGAGUGGGGCAAAGACAAACCUCGUGUAUACGCUGAGCCCGAAAGUACGUCUGGUUUCCCUCCUCGGAAACGUGUGGCACAUCGAAUUUCUCUUCCCCUCAGUCGAGACGUUUUUGCCGGCACGGAUGAUGGCGAUGACCAAAUCAUGUACUUACCAGUCCGCAGAUCAACUACUCGCCAGCUGCGAUUCUGCAGUGUCCCUGUAGCUCCUGCAUCACUGAAGUCAGCCCUGCGGAGAUUUGCGUCUCGACCGCACGCCGCUGAGAACCCUUCAGAUGUGCACUGUCGGAGAGUAUCCCGGGGAGACCAUGGUGGCGGCCUGGCAUCAGGAAGAGGGACUUUAGUAUCUGCUGUACCCACUGCAUUUGGCGAUGCCUCUGGCUGGUAUACGGACGAUGAAGCUUGCGUUUUUGAACAUCAUCCCAUGAGACAAGGAGUGCUAGGCAGACGAUCUUGUCACAAUCUGGGUGCCCUGCCGGCUUGUCGAGCGUCGGGGGUGUUACGAUGUGAUGAAGAGAUCGGAGUGUUAAGCGGAAACCAGCGCAUUAGAGAGCGAGCCAGCAUUGCACGUCGGUCGACAAAGGGCGUCUCGACGAUGAGGAGGCCCUCCACCAAUUUGGUAGUGAGGAGUCGUCCAGGUGCUGUGUCACGCGAUGUGGGUGACGGCGACGACUACGUGCCGCUCGACGUGUCCGUCGGCAGCACAACAGCGAGCACGGCAAUUUAUGGCACAGGAGAUGAAUCUUCUUGGGCAACCUCGAGGCGAUUCCUGGGUGAAGGGAAUUACGACAACGAACUGCAAAUUCCUUAUGUAUACGUGCCAGCUUAUGUUUCCUCCGUCUGUGGUAACAAAUCAGCGGUCAGGGGCUCGUUAAACCAUUCACCGGCUUCCGGGGGGGUGACUGGCAGGAAAUCUGUGGUUUCAGGGACAGGCGCUGGACAGACGUGUUCGGCAAUGCGGGUUAGUCGUCCCCUUUUUGCCGCGCGGAAUUCCUCUGUCAUCACGUCUGACGCUAACGAAUCGGAACCUGAAGACGAGGCAUCUGUCGAGUACGGCCCUCGCCUUACCACACCAGGGGAUAGUAUACGACGGUCACUGCGCACGCAUCCGUCUAGUGCAUCGAGAACUGAGCUCGCGACUAUUCCUGUAGCAGAAGAUCCACUAGUGUUUGUGGAGGAAUCUAGCAGAGCAGAAACCACAGUGCCGUCAAAGAGAGUUGAUUCUCGUUUGACGACCCAGCUAGAUGCAGGAAUGCUAACAGGCCGUUCGAUAGCUGUCGAUGGGAGGGCAGUAUCACAAGUGCCAUCAAUGAGAUUACAGCCGCAUGUGUCGGAUGAACAGCUAGACGACAUUGUCCUUAUACCUGUUCGGAGAUCUGUUUCCCGCUGCGAAGUGGACGAACCGGCGGAAGUUCAGGCUGGAGACUCCAAGCAUAACGACGAGGAGGAAUUUUGGGAAGAUGGAAACCAACGGGUUCCAGCUGUAAAUGACAGUAUUGUGCAUGUGCCGGUUCAGUACCUCUCAAGUGAUCCACCGGUGACGCUCGCGGACUCUAGAAGGCCUUCGUCAGCAAACACCAGACGAACCAGCAGCGUUCCCGCUGCGGUCAACGGGUCUUCGAUCCCUUUCGGCAGCGCGUCACAGCUCCGACACUGCUCCCACGCUGCAGGAGAGGACUGUGAAGAAACUGGGGUAGAAAACGAUUUUCACAGUCGACGUUCCUUUCCUUCACAGCUAAGUUGUAACACUGAAACUGGGACUUUUCGUCGCCGACGGACGUGCCGAAAGUCCUCCAGCGAAUGCUCAAGUGCAAAGGAACCGUUAGCGACAGACGCCGCACAAAUCCUCAAAAUAUUCGACGACGGAAAACGCUUCAGUUCUGAUGUAUCUCCUCUAAGCAAAGCGGCCCCCAGAAGGGGACUGCGAGCUCCUGAAGGCCACGAACGGCCAGGCUCACGCGCCUCGAAGAGGCCAUCCCAACGCGUACCGUCCCAAGUCUUUGCGGCGCGGCAGAGUGGCUGCGGGCAACGUAGGUCAUCUGCAAGGUCCGCCAGGGAUGUUAGGGCCGUUCUCCCGUCCUCCACGUCAGCUGGUGAAGCCCCACAGUGUCACAGGGGACAGCUACAAGGAGCUGAACUCUCAGAAGAAGAGGCGACCUUUGACUAUGGCGAAAGUGGCGUGGCGGAACGGCAUCGCCAAACUCGAGUUGCCAGACGUUCGACUAUGCGCGGAGCGCCACCUGAAGCUGUGGGCGCUGUCACUGGCAGCAGCGUUGUGGCAGCAAAAGAUGCAGAAGGACCUGAGACACUUCGCUUCGAAGCUGACGUCGAAGCGGAAGAAGAUGGAGAAGAGGAAGAAGAUGGACAAGAGGAAGAAGAUGGAGAAGAGGAAUCCUCUGAGACCCUUGUGCCCCGCCGCAGUGCUCGGCUUUCCAGAUGGGAAAGAGGCCGGGUCACUGCAGGGGCGAGCGCCCCCCUGGAUCAAUACCGCUUACGAUCUUCUCAGACUUCGGGAGCUCGGAAAACGAUGCGCUUCGCUCCUGAUGGAGAAGGCGAAGGCUUUUUGGAGCAGUUUCGACGGAAGGAGGGAAGUCGGACGGCAGCAAUGCAGGGCUCUCUUGGUGGCAAGCUGCCGAAUCAAGAAACACUGUUCAGUGACAGCGACCAAGAGGAGCCAGAUGAAGAUGGGGAAGGAAGCUUACCGCCAGCGAAUGCAGACGAUUUCGCCGACGGGGAGGUUGCAAGUACCUAUGACUCAAUGAGCAGUAGCCAAACAGCAGCUGAAGACGAUGACGAAGUUAUUUUUGUUCCAUUGAGAAGACGUACGCGACGACAUACUAAGUCGUCAACCCACCGCCACGACUCGUCCAGAGUUCGGGGAAGCGGUUCACUCCCUUCAACUGGGAAAGGAUCUUCAGUCUGUUGUCGUGGCUUCCUGUGUUGUGGCGUGCCUGAAGUGCCUGCUGAGACUCAGCGGCCCUCGCCAUUACGGUCGCUCACAGCGCCACCUCACCAGAAAGAUGCGACAGAGAUGAAGGGGAAGAACCCUCUUCGACUUUCUACAACCCAGAAAGGUCGUGGCCAAAGCGGAGUUAUAAAAGAAGUGGCACCGAGGCGACUCAGUUCUGACAGAAAGACAACGCUUCAGUUGCCGGCGGUCCAGGAGACCCAAAAACUUAGUAAGGGGAAGGGAGGGAAAGCUGAAGGUCCCCCGCCUGCUUCGUCCUGUCACGCUCUUCGUUUUGUGCAUCCACACGCAAGAGUGCCUGCUGCGUCGCAAGGUCCCACCAUCGCGCGCAGAGAUACACGUAACAGAGGACUGUCCCUACAAGGCGGCCAUAAGUCAUUCACCACGAGCCGUGCUUCUCGUCUACCUAUUUCAGCCAAAGGUGCGCCUGUAAAGCCUGACAUACGUUGCAGAUGUGUGGAUACAUGUGUAGAACGCAGCUUAUACAUCGUCACAAAAAGCAUGAACCCGUUCGUUUCUUCACCGGAUGUACGACCCGGUGACAUUGCCGAACUUGCUUGGUCGUUGUUUGGGUCCUCCGGUCGUUGCUCACAGGUUCGAUGUGUAUUUUCUGUGACUGCGAGUCCCGAAUUAUUCGUCAGGUCUGUAGCCACUUCUCCGAUCCCUCCAGUGGAGGACUCGUUUUCACAAAUAUCGUCGGCGACUUCUUCGGCUGAUUCACAGUCCACUCGUAACGGAAUGUCCGGAUCAAGCGGCCUAAGCACACGCACAUCCCAGGUCAACAUGCUGUCCAGGGGGACAAUCCAUGCAACGCCGCCAAGGCCUCGCACUGCGGUGUCUUCGCCGGGCGAUUCUUCAUCUACCCGUCUUGUCAGCUCGAUCAACGUUUCUGACCCAGGCUCGGUCCGUUCUUCGGUCACGGAAUCUCUAAACACGUGCAGAGCCACGGACGGCUUUCCGCGGACAAAACCGGAAACAGGCUCUGUUCUUGAAAACUGCCCACUGGGCGCAGAACGCGCUCGGCGCCCUUCCCCAGGCUGCUACUCGCCAAUGCGCGAACCUCCAUCAGCGCCUUUGAAACCACCAACGGCUGCGCGCGCAUCACUUCCUCUUGCUGACGCACUGGAGUCAGGGGACCCGUGCGAUGCUUCAGAGAGGCGUCGCUUCACAGGUGUUGAACAAGAGGUAGAUAUGCGGGAAGCGGCUGGCUGUGUGCGAAGAUCUGCCUCCUUGCUGCUGUCUGCAGAGGCGCCUUCACACGCAUCGAAAGUCUCCAGCGCUACUUGUGGGCCUCCACCACUGCGAGCAUCUGUAGUUCCCCUUCUGUUGGAACGAAACCCUCGAGAAGAACACGAGAGCAGCCGUUUCGCAUAUAAGCAGGAAGAAGGCUUCAGCCGUGUUUCACGUGAGAGUUCAUCUAAUCCUGUUCGGGCAACUCACACCGGAUGCUUGGGAGGGAUAAGGUCUUGGGGCCAUCUCCGCAAGGCAGGACGCGCCGGAUUUCCCCUUAGUUCUCGGUCAUACCACUCUUCUCUCAUUUCUCGGUAUUCUCGGAGGUUCCCAGUGUUAGGGAGUGCAGGCACCCUCUGCGGCUGUAGCACUGCAUUGAGUGGAGCAAGCACCGCCCGUCAGCCGUCCAGUGACUAUGGAUUUGAAUCGAGAUUCUCUCUCUCGAGUUGCUGCAUCGACCGACCCACCUGGCGAUAUCACCCUGCCGAUGAAUCUCUGUUUGCCGGAGCCACGUGGGCAUGGGCUGGGGGAGACCCUCAGGACGAUUCCGGUGCUCAAUGGCAGCCGGGCGGCUCGCGCAGGAAUGACGAACGGGACCACCGAUCCCCCGCGAACGACGCAGCACGGGAGAAUGCCACACGCACCAGAGGACGAGACAACCACUCGCGGUGUUUGUCAGCUCAGCAGUGGCAACCAUGCGGCUCGGGCGUGACAAGCGUUCGUGGAGUCGCUGCCGAAGCAGUGGCUGCUUCGUUCUGUGCAGCCGCCCGGGCGGAAGGCGGAUAUCGGGGAGAACCGUGCCUUUUUCCUCGCUCGCCAUCUUCUCGAUCGAGCGGAAGGGGCGCGGGGACGAGCACAACGAGGGAUGCCUGGUCCCGAGAAGGGAAAACAGAGAAUCGCCCUUACUGCGAACCAGCCGGUGGGCGAGAAGCGCGGGAACGGAACGCCAGCGCGGAAGAACCUGAAUGUGCUCGCGGCAGUAUUGCUGCGGAUGCAACGGUAGACAACAGUCUCGCGAUCGGCGUAAGCGGAGAAACACAAACGAAAGAAUCAGGAGAAAGUGUUGAAGAGCGGGGAAAGACGGAGUGCGGAUGGGGACACUGGUGGUCCUCUCCAAAAUCACGCGGCAGUGCAACCAGACUAGACAGGUGCACGCAUUCCUUGUCUCCUCGAAGGCGUUUUGUGGGAUCGACGCAUUCGCGUGUCGAGCGGCCUCGAAGCGGAGUUUCCCGAAUCGCCUCGCUGGUCUCCUCGCUCGGCGGGCAGAGGAGCAGUCCGCUCUCGCGAGGAGCAAGUUUCCGCUCCGGCGCUGUGAAAACUUCCCUUAAAUCUGCCGCUGCUUUCUGGAUGAGAUCAGACCAAACUCGGAGCGACGGCGCCCCGGCUUCGCAGGGGCCGCUCAAUGCUUGGGAGUCUCUUUCUUCGUCCGUGUCUGCUCUGUCAGUGUCAUCCGUCCCAGAAGCUUGCUGUGUAUCUGAUGAAUCGAGCCAAGCCGAAAGGCGACACCUGCCUGUUGCCGAGCACAUUCGCCUUACCGCUGUUCGUGUGUGCGUUGUUUGCGUGUAUGUCACUCGCCGAUCUUUUCCUCUUCCCCCCGAUGGUGCAAAGCGUGUGGCAGCGCUCGCCCCGCCCUCUUCUCGCUCCCUCGACGGCUUCACACUUUUUCUGGACCGCGUUAAAACGAGAAAACAGACCCCGCCGCACCAUCCCUCCGCCACGUACAACUCCUCACUUCGUCAAACAGUCCAGAGGGCUCUCCAUAAUCUCCGGCAGCGUCGCGCCAAUACCAGUUCUUCUCUUCGCUGUUCUUGCGACGAGGCAGACGGCAGCAUCGGUCGAGAUUAUAGGGUAUACUCGGGGAGCUCAGAUUGUGAGGAAUGCAGAACGCCGAAGAGCACCACGGUCGAUCUAAAAGGGCGGCACGGCGGACGGGCGAACGACGGAGGCGAGAGAACCUCGUACAUCUCUCCAUUGACUGCAGCCGGCCGUAAUGCUUCAGACCCCCCCACUCCUUCUGCGUCUCCUUCUCGUUCCUCGGCUUCUUCUCCGUCUUCCUUUUGUUCUUGCUCAAGUCGAACUUCUGACGCUUCCUCUUCCAGCCACGUCGGAAUGAAGGGGAACUCGCCAACCGACAGCAGUGCGCCCGCAAGGCGAGACUCAGACACAGACGCGGAUGGCCGCAGAAAGGAUGACGAGGCAGAAAUCGUGACAGCGAUACUUCACAGACUCAAGGAAAAGAAGGAAAUCUGUGAGGAACAGUCUGAGAGAAACAGCACCAAGCGCGACAGUUCUGAGAGCCGGGGUGAUACACCUGAGCGCUUGCAACCAGGCGGGAGUGAACAUUUGCCAAGUCAAGCAAGUACGGCUCGUCGCGAAGGAGCCUUGAGGAAACGCUCGCCGUCGCGAGAAAGCAUUCCGUAUGAUGAAGGGAAAAAUACCGUUAGUGAAGGAGAAUCUGGGAGAGUUCCGGCGGCACAGCAGGAGGGGAAGUUCCCUCUUCAAGUGAAUAGGUGGCCAGGAGACACUUCAGUUUGCGCGCUGGCGGCAGCCAGGAAACUGAAACAGCAGAGGGAUAUGGCGGCAAAGGAUGCGGUCCAGGCUGAUCCUCCCAAGGCCUCACCCACUGCCCUACGAACAAAGCGCCAUGUCCUUCUCCGACUAGUAAUUGAGGAUUGCCGCAGCGCACCGGUGUAG